AUGGGAGGAUAUCUCAAAUCUUCUGCCAGUUUGUUUUUCUCAAACCUAUUCAACACAAAAUCAGCCAGAGCUUAUAGACUUACUGAAUUAGAACCAUUCUACAAUAAAAGAUUCAACUCAUUGAGAUCAAAAGAAUUGUUUACUUAUUUUCCACUAGCAAUAUUGUGUGGUACAAUCUGUAUAUAUAUUAGAUGCAUAUAUCGUCUUGUGGAGCUAUCGUUCGGUUUCAACGGGUACAUUAUCACACAUGAGGUAUUUUUAUUUGUGUUAGAUGCUUUAUUCAUUGCUCUAGCCUUGUUAGUCUUUAGGGUAUUCCAUUCAUAUUUUGUUUUCGGAAAGGAUUCAAAAGUUAUUACCCAAGAUUUUAACAAGAUAAAUAUUAUAAAGAAGAUGACGAUUUUUAAGUGA